AUAUUUAUAUACCUAUCAAUCUAUCUAUUUCUCUAUAUAUACAGAUCUCUUCGUUUCUCAUCACUCCCUUGUUUCGUUUCGUUUCACAGUUCUGGUUGUUAGAUUGUCUUCUACAAACAGAGGAAAUUGAGGAAGGAGAAGAAUCUGAGUCUGAGAGGGAGAGAGAUAUUUUUUCAUAUAUAUAGGGGAGGAAUUAAGGAUCUAUUGCAAAUGGGUUCGCUUCCGCCGGAACUGAGCUUGGAUUUAAGACCCACUUUUGUACCCAAAACGAUCAGUGAUUUCCUCAAGGAGGUGUCCGUGAUCGGAAACGUUUCGGACAGGGUGUCGAGGCUUGAUGAAUUUGUCAAGGGAUUGGAGGAAGAAAUGAAGAAGAUCCAUGCGUUUAAGCGCGAGCUUCCUCUUUGCAUGCUGCUCUUGAAUGAUGCAAUUUUUACUUUGAAGGAGGAGUCAAUACAAUGUACUGCAACAAAUAUCCAACCAGUGUUGGAAGAAUUCAUUCCGUUGAAGAAGGAUAGUUCUGAUGACCAACCUGAUAAUGCAAUCAAAAGAGAAAAGGACUCCAAAGACAAGAAAAACUGGAUGAGCACUGUUCAGCUUUGGAACCCUGAUAUAUGUGAUCCCAGAGAGAAUCCCAAAUCAGAAACAAAGAGAAACAAGGGAGGGAGUCCUUUUGCGAAAGAGGAUCAAUUUGAUGGCUGUAAGAACAGGGGAGGUGCAAGGUCUUUUAUGCCAUUUAAGUCCUGCAAUGUUUUGGUUGGUAAGGAGGAUGGUAAGGAGAAAUUUCCAGUACAAGGGCUUUCUCUGUCAACCCCAGGAAUCAAGAGUCCCAGAGAGGAGUUAAGUUCUUUGGGGACAAGAGUCAAUUGUAGCAGAACAAUCACCUCUUCUGCCCCCUAUUUGCAGACAAAUUCUCGAAAUGGACCACGACCACCACAGCAGCAGACCUCUAGGAAGCAAAGGAGGUGCUGGUCACCUGAGUUGCAUCGCCGGUUUGUAAAUGCCUUGCAGCAACUUGGGGGCUCACAUGCUACUCCAAAGCAGAUUCGAGAACUUAUGGAAGUUGAUGGCUUGACCAAUGAUGAAGUCAAGAGUCAUUUGCAGAAAUUCCGUCUUCAUGGUCGAAGAGUGCCAUCUACUGGUUCAACUGCCCCUGCAAACCAAUCUGUAGUUGUUUUAGGGGGUUUAUGGAUGUCCAAACAAGAGCAGUGUGGUGACUCCUCAAAGGUUUCACAGUCGGGUUCUCCCGAAGGUCCCCUCCAGCUUGCUAUGAACACUAGGAACUUCACAGGAGAUGACAGCAUGGAUGAUGAUGAAGAUGAAAAAUCUGAGAGCUAUAGCUGGAGAGCUAAUGUUCACAAACCCGAAAAAGUCGAUGUAUAGAGAGUUCAUUCACAUGAUUUUUUGCAGAUAAAGAGUAUACAUGGCAGGAUUAUGUGACUAGAGAAAUAAUACAUAUUAUAUAAAAAUGAGAGAGCAAGAGAGAGUGAGUGAGGAUGUGAAAUUUUUGCAGAAUUAGCUUUCCUUCAUAAAUUUCGUUUUUUUUUUUUUUUUUAAAAUCGGCAUUGAUAUAAGAACUAGAACUAUCUGGAGAGUAUGAUGAACCAUGUUUUUGAAUGGAAGGACCAAAUCUCCUAUUCCCCAUUGAAUUACUUGUGAGAGAGAGCUUCUGUUUCUCUUUUGAAUUGAUGGUCUUGAUAUGAGCCAUUCUAUGAAGAUUCCUUCCUUUAGGUACCUA